AUGGCGGAAGCGAACAGCUCUGAAGCAGUGGGUGCAGCCAAGAAGGCAAUGAGUGAAUUCUCACGGCGCGAGCUUCGGGAAGCGUUCUCGAAAUGUGAUCCCAACGAGACGGGCGUGGUCCCUGUCAAGAAUUUAAAGACUGUUUUGCGGUCGCUUGGCUUUGAACCGAGAAAUGAUGAAAUACAGGCGCUAGUAGCAAAAAUUGCGGAAACUAAAGAGCAGCGAAAAGAAACGCCAGACACAGUGACUUUCGAGGAAUUGAGUGAAUUAUUAAGUGAGAAAUUGGACGAACGUAACAGUGUCAACGAAAUGCGUGCUGCGUUCGAAUUAUUCGAUUCCGAAUCGAAGGGCUUCAUAACAAUUGAAGAUUUGCGAAAAGUUGCAAAGGAGCUGGGUGAAAACAUCCCCGAUGAUCAACUACGGGAAAUGAUUACAGAAGCCGAUACUCGUGGCAGUGGUAACGUUUGUGAAGCAGACUUUUGUGCUAUCAUGAAGAAAACCUCACUGUAUUGA